UACCCGUGCAAAAUCACAAAGUGAAGCUGCUGUGAAAUCAAGUUUUAUCAUGGCAGAGGAGAUUGCCAAAUCAGCCAGGCCAUUUACCGAGGGAGAAUUUCUGAAGAGCUGCAUGAUCAAGGUGUCUGACGUCUUAUGUCCAGACAAAAAGCAGAUGCUGGCAAAUGUAAGCCUGAGUAGAAAUAUGACUGCUGAUUGAGUUUGUGAGAUGGCCACUGAUUUAAGAACACAGUUGAGUGAAAGAAGCAAAGACUUUUUUGCAUACUCUCUUGCUGUGGAUGAAAGUACUGACAUGACUGAUACUGCACAGCUGGCCAUCUUCAUCUGUGGAGUGGACUCCAAUUUGCGCGUUACAGAGGAAAUAAUGGACAUUAAAUCGAUGCACGGGACAACGACUGGAAAAGACAUUUUUGAAAAUGUAUGUCAAAGUAUAACCGACAUGAAACUGCCCUGCGACAAACUUAUUGCACUUACAACUGAUGGAGCACCAUCUAUGUGUGGUGAAAAAAGUGGACUAGUGGGAAGGAUGCGAGUAAAGAUGCAGGAGGAGAACUGUACUGGUGAGUUAACAGCAUAUCACUGCAUCAUACAGCAGGAAGCACUAUGUGGCAAAGUCCUGAAGAUGGACAAUGUAAUGAGCAGUGUAACACAAACCGUAAACUUUAUCCGAGCUAAAGGUUUAAAUCACCAGCAAUUUCAGUCCUUUAUGCGGGAGAUAGAUUCAGAGUUUGCUGACAUUCCUUAUCAUACAGAGGUGCGUUAGCUAAGUCGGGGAAAAGUUCUCAACAGAGUUUUUGAGCUCAGCAACGAAAUCUGUCAGUUCAUGGACAGUAAAGACUCCACUAAUUUUAGGGAUGAAAGGUGGAAAU